AUGGUGUGGAUUUUUCUACUGCUAGUUCUGCUGUUGGUGAUACUGGCUAUACUGUUUGUGUUCUCCGUGUCGGCAUCUCAUGAUACUUUCCAAAAGAUGAACAUCGACUCUCCGCCAGCAUCCAGGCUCCUUGGACAUUUUGGUGCCGCUCUGAAAAAGGGUAUCUUUACAACUCAGCUGGAGAUAUAUAAUCUGUACAAGGAUAAGAAGGUAUAUGGAACCUAUGAUGGUUGUCAUCCUGUUCUCAAUAUCAAAGAUCCAGAUAUGAUCAAAGAAAUCAUGGUGAAAUCCUUCAACAGCUUCGUCAAUCGACGUUCAUUUUUCGAUCUUGACCCUCCUUUUAAGGAAAUGCUGGUCAGCUUAAAGGAUGAUCAGUGGAAACAUGUGAGAAAAAUAAUGAGUCGAACAUUCACCUCAGGUCAAAUUAAAAGAAUGUCAAAACACAUGGAAAGAAAAUCGCAACAGCUUGUUGAUUUACUGCACAGAAAGCAAGAAAGUAAUGAUGAUGAUGACAUUGAACUCAAGAACAUUAUCUCCUGUUUCACUUUGGAUGUGAUUGCCAGUGUUGGGUUUGGUGUGGAGAUCAGCAGUAUGGAAAACCCUGACAAUCCAUUUGCUGUUCAUGCCAAGCAGUCAAUCAAUUUGUCACCCCUUUUGCUUUCCCUUGCCUUCUUCGCUCCAUGGUCACUGACUUUGCUUCAAAAGGCAGGGGUGAGUACGAUACCAAAGGCUACAAGGGAAUACUUUACUAAAAUAAUUGAUGCUGCAAUUGAAAACAGAAAAGAGGAAGGACAAGCAGGAAAAGUCAACGACUUUUUGGAUCUUCUUAUCAAUUCUGAAGAAGAGUCAGGGCAAACUGAGAAGUAUUACUUAACCAGAUCUGAAAUCCAUGGACAAGCACUGGUGUUCAUCCUGGCCGGUUAUGACACCAUUUCUACAGUCCUGUCAUUUACACUGUUUCUGCUCACUGUGCACCCUGAGUAUUGCCAGAUAGUGCAGAAGGAGAUGGACGAAAAAAUAGGAAAUGAAUCACCCAACUAUGACAACAUUCAGGGCCUCACAUACAUGGAUAUGUGCCUCAAUGAGACCAUGAGACUCUACCCUCCUGCCUUUUUCAUUGACAGAGUCUGUGCCGAAGACACAACUGUCCAUGGAAUCCAGAUACCUAAGAAUAUGGUCGUCGCAUUUCCUGUAUACGCCCUUCAUCGUGACCCAGAAUUCUGGACUGAACCUGACAAAUUCCAGCCUGAGAGAUUCAGUGCAGAGAACAAAGAUUCCCAUCAUCCCUAUGCUUAUCUCCCAUUUGGCAAUGGACCCAGAAACUGUGUUGGUAUGAGGCUGGCUCUCAUGGAGCUGAAGAUUGCUCUCUCAUACAUCUUGAAAGAUUUCACUCCUGUAACUUGUGAAAAAACUGUGUACCCAAUCAAACUCAAGAAACUGCAGCUGAUUGCAGAAGAUGGCUUGUGGGUGAAGCUUAGCGCUAGAAAAUAG